CGGCGGUGGUCCGGACGGUGAUGGUGAUGCCCUGUUCGAGGCGUCGGCGCCGCUGCCAGCUAGGCUGGCGGCUGCCGCCGAUGAUGCUGCCCAGCUCGCCUGCGCGACGGCGUUGGUGCAGCUCGGAGUGGAGCCAGCAGCUGUGGUGGCGCGGGUGCAGGCGGCCACGGGGGCAGCAGCCGGCGCAGGUGUCGACGGCACAAGCGGCGCCCCCGCAUCCAGCCCAUCACUGCAGCCAGCGUGCGACGGUGCGUCGCAUGGCGGCGACGGUGCGGACGCCAGCGCUGGCGUGGACCUUGCGGGGCCACGUGGCGCUGCUGCAGCGGCAGGCGAGCACAGUGGAGGCGUUGCCUCUGGCGCCGCAUCCCCAGCCCGAUCGCGCCAGGGCUCUGCCUGCGAGGCGCUGGCCAGUCUGGCCAGUGGGUCGGUGCCGCCGACGUCCGAGCCGCCAGCGCCGCCCAGCCUGGCGCCCGAGCAGCAGCGGCUCGCGGCCCCAGCCGACCUGCCGGCGCCGCUGGCCGGGCUGCCCACGUCACCCGCCCCGGUCGCGUUUGGCGAGCUGGCGUCGGCGGCGCUCCAGCAGCCCUGCGACUUGGCAUCGGCGGCGCCAGUGCAGCGCUCCGAUGAUGCAGCUGCUGCGGGUGCGUGCGCGGCGCCAGCCGCGGCUGCGGCGAUCGCCGUGAAGCCCGAGCCCGACGCCGCCUCCGACGACGCGUCGCUGGUCGACGCCGUCUCCGUCAACAUCAAGGUCGAGCCCGGCGAGUCCGACGCGCGCAGCCUCCACCAUCGGUGGCGCUGGGAGAAGCCCGUCGUCAGGAACACCGCUGACAUGUUCAGCUGGGCGCACGACUCCCUCCGAGCCCUUGCAUCGGAGCUUGGCAGCGGGGUGCUGUACGACCUCCGCCGCGCCAUCCACGCCACGACGUACACGACUGCCUUCUCAGGUAUCGACGCCCCCGGUACAUCGGCGGCAGUGCUCACGGCAACGCUCGAGGACAUGCUUGGCGGCCCUAUCCAGCCCAUGCGCCAUCUGGCGUCGGUGGAGAUCUCAGCAGACGCCAACAGGGAGCUCGCCCGCCAGCCGCACAGCCGCCCCGAGCACAUGUACCAUGACAUCAUGGACUUCUGGGUGCCCGACGUCGCCGCUACAAUUUCACGAUUGGUCAACGCUGGCCGCGCCGUGACGCUCGACGACUUGAGGCCCAUCGUCAAGCGUGGCGGGGCAGUGCGCUCGUUCGCCUGGUGUGCGAGGUGCAAGGCUCACUGUCACCACCUGACGGGGAAAGUCCACUGGGCUGGGACCCCGUGCCCAGACUGGGCGCCGAUCGGCACCAACGACCGCGAGGCGGGCAAGACCUCGUGCCUGCUCGCAGUGUGGGUGGCCAUGCGCCUCCUGCUGCAAGAAGCGGUGGUGAUCCAUGAGAACUCGCACCGGUUUGAGCUCGGGGUGCUGACCGACAUGCUCGGGCACAUGUAUGUAGUGUCGAGUGUGAUCAUCGAACCAGCCGAGCUCGGCUGGCCUGUCCGGCGCAUGCGCCGCUUCACGAUCCUUUUGCACAAGACGUUCGUUAUGGACGUGCGGUGCAGCUUUGCCAACCUCGUGCCCUUGUUUCAUCGCACGCUUCGGUGCACGCUGGGGGCGUUCGUCAUGGCCACGCCGGACGAGCUCAUGUCGGAGUUGGAGUGGGCUCGCAGUCGGCCUGGCAGCAUGCGCUACAAAGUGCCCGUGACGCUCGCAGACGUCGAGCCUGGCAGCGAGGCGUUCGUGCAGAGUCUGACCCAGUGGGAGCUGGCUCAGCUCGAAGGGUACCAGAAGAGUACCGUGCCAGGCUGCUGCCACAACCUGGGCCAGAGCUAUCAAGACGGCCGAGGCUGGUCCAGCACGCCCCACUUCCUCAGCACCGUGAUCCGCAACCCGCAGCUGAUCUUUUACGAUGCGAUCAAGCGCUGGCUCACGCCGCGUGAGCUUUUGGCCACGCAGGGGUAUCCAGUGCUGCAGCACUUAGCAACGCCUCGUUCUAAUGUGUGUCGUAGCCUGUGCUCGUUUAACUUCGAGCGCGCGGGGCGCACGCGCCAUGGCAUCAUGAUGCAGGCAGGGAAUACGAUGCACUUGCACGUCUGUGGAGUGCACUGGCUGUACGUGCUCGCGCGGGUCCAGCGGGGCGACCAGCUUGUUUGGGCCCCAGACGCCUGGGACACCGCAUAG